GCGACGCGGGAGGCGGGCGCUGCGCCUUUAAGCCGAGCCGGAGGAGGAAGAGGCCGCGGCGGCUGCGAGCGAGGAGGAGGGAGACGGCCGCCCCCUCCCCAGCGCCAUGGAGGCCUCUUCUGGCCUCCCCGUGGUCCACGUCGACUUCCCCGAGGUGACCAGCGCCCUGCUGGAGAAUCUCAACCAGCAGCGGGUGGAGGGCAAGCUGUGCGACAUCGCCAUCCACGUCCAGGGCCGCGUCUUCCGGGCCCACCGGGCCGUGCUGGCCGCCUCCUCGCCCUACUUCCACGACCAGGUGCUCCUGAAGAACAUGACGUCCAUCGUGCUGCCCAGCGUCAUGGACCCCGUGGCCUUCGAGACGGUGCUGGGCUCGGCCUACACGGGCAAGCUGAGCAUGGCCUCCGACGAGAUCGUCAACUACCUGACGGUGGGCAGCGUCCUGCAGAUGUGGCACAUCGUGGACAAGUGCACCGAGCUGCUGAAGGAGCGCCGGGGCGCCUUCCUGGGGCCGUCCUCGUCCUCCUCGUCCUCCUCCUUCCGCGCCCACUCCAGCCGCACCAGCGACAACCAGUCGCCCAGCAGCAGCAACUACUUCAGCCCCCGCGACACGGGCGAGGGCCCCGAACACGGCAAGUUCCACCCGCUGCGGGGGGCUCUGGCGGGAGAGCGCGAGGACCACGACGAGGAGGUCAUCUUCCAGGCCGAAAAAGGCCCCCCGCGCUGCCCGGACGCCUUCGCCGCCGGCAGCAAGUUCGUCCUGGAGACGGACGACGACGUCAGCGACAGCAGCGAGGGCCGGCGCCCGGCCUACGUGCGCCCCAGCAUCAUGCCCCAGAAGCAGUGGGUCUUCGUCAAGAAGGAGCGCUCCCAGGAGGACCUGGUGCUGACCUGCGAGGAGGACGAGGACCCCGUGGAGGUGGCCGGGCCGGCGCCCGAGGCGGCGCUCAGCAUCAGCGACGUCCGUACCCUGACGGAGCCCGGCAGGGGGGGCAGCUCGGGGGGCAAGUUGGAGGAGCAGGUGAACUUCUGCGAGUCCUCGGAGGACUUCCCCUCGGCCUACGAGGGCCUGGAGGAGGCCGCCCCCUUUGCGGCGCGCGGCGCCCUCCUGCCCAUGGACAUGCAGGGCAACCAGAUCGUGGUCUUCCCUCCGCAGGCGCCGGUGGAGCACGGGGCGGUGCAGCUGGCGGCCGGCUCGGGCGACGGCAACAAGAUCUUCAUGUGCCACUGCGGCAAGGCCUUCUCGCACAAGAGCAUGCGCGACCGGCACGUCAACAUGCACCUCAACCUGCGCCCCUUCGACUGCCCCGUCUGCAACAAGAAGUUCAAGAUGAAGCACCACCUGACCGAGCACAUGAAGACCCACACGGGCCUCAAGCCCUACGAGUGCGACGUCUGCGCCAAGAAGUUCAUGUGGCGAGACAGCUUCAUGCGCCACAAGGGCCACUGCGAGAGGAGGCACCGCCUCGGAGGGGGGGCGGGCGUUUCCGCAGGGGGCGGCCCGGCGCCCGCCAAGAAGGAGGCGCCGUCGCCCUCCCGGAUGGGCGCCGAGGCAGAGUGGGGCGCCGGGAGGUCCCCCCGCAGCGAACUGGGCUUUGCGGGGAGCAGUAAGAUGUGAGGGGGGUCCUGGGGGGGAGCAGGGGGGCAGCCCAAGCCAGACAAGUUUGAUGCAACUCCCCCAGUGGACUGAUCCCCCCACCCCAUCCGAAGCGGCUCCUCUGCAGCCUCCGUCUCCCCCAGGAAGGAUCGGGACCCCUCCCUGCUCCUUGUAAAUAGCCCCCCCCUUCUCCAUUGUCAGUCGAUGUCGUCCCCCAUGUCUGCGCCUUGCAAGGAGGGAACCAUAGAGUUGUAGUGUUGGAAGGGACCUCGGUGGUUAUCUAGCGCCCCUGAGGGACUGAACACUAAAUAGCCCCCCCCCUCACCUUCCAUGUGCUCAGUUGGAGGGGGGGGUCAUGUAGCAGCCAGCCCCCUUCCUCUCCCCGCCCCCCUUGUGCCUGCCCUGUGGGUAUCCGUGGCUCAGGAGAGCAGACGCUUUGUCGAAGAGGCCGCCUGGCAGGGGUGGGGAGGGGGCUCAGCUCCCCAGCUGAGCAAGGACACCCCCCUCCCACCGCCAGAAACCCAGCAGAGGAGCACCCAGCGGUCAGAAAAGGUGGCAACUCUGAGCUGAACACCACCGACCAACAUGUCUUUGUGUGUUUGUGUGUGUGUGUGAGAGAGAGAAAUUCAAAUUGUACCCCCAGGGAAAGGGGGAAGAUCAGGACCUUUGUCAUAAUUGUGGGGUGGGGGAGGCCUCUAUCUGCCCCCCCCAUUUUAUAGCUCCUCUAAGGAGAACGUGGGGUGCAGAAUACUUCCCCCUGCAUUGCCCUUCCCAGAGUUGUGCUGUUUAUCUCCCCCUCCCCGUUCCGCAUCUUGUUCUGACUGCCUCCAUUUACCUUUGAGAUUUUUUGUAACUUAACUUCCUUUGAGUCUCUCUUUUUCUUUUUUUUAAAGGAAACAAAACAAAGGAACUGAACCUUCUCUAUAAAUAUUUAUUGAUCUCUUUUGUGGCCCCGACCAUGGUUUCUCUAUUUCUACGCCAGCUUCCCAGUCCCGUCCCGUCCCCCCCACCAACCCUGCUGCCGUUCGGGAACCUCCAUCCUCACCAUCAAGAGGUUGAUGUUCAUAGAACCCUAGGAUUGUAGAGCUGGAAGGGACCCCCAAGGGUCAUCUAGCGCAACCCCAUGGGUAGAGGUAGAGAUUCUUAAUCUCAGGGUUGUGGGUUUGAGCCCCACGUUUGGCAAAAGAUUCUUGCAUUGCAGGGGGUUGGACUAGAUGACCCCCGUAGAGUCCCUCCAAAUUCUACCAUUCUAUGAAGGCAGGACUCUCAGCUAAAGAAUAACCCAACUGCGUAGAGAUCCUUUACUUGUUUUGCUUAUUUAUUAAAUUUGUAUACCGCAUUUCAUCCGCACCUCUCUGGGCGGUUCGGAGCAUAAAGCUACAAGAUGAAAAUACAAAAAUAGAUAAUAAAAACAAGAAUGAAACAAAACAGUAGCUGCCCCUCCAACGAAGACAUUGAAAAGGGUAUAAACUGUUAAUUGAAGAGGAAUGUGGGCACAAUGAAGGCGCCAGGUGGACCUCCCUGGGGGGGAGCAUCAUCCCAGAAGUGGGGGGGCCAUUGCAGAGGCGGCCCUGUUCUCCAGUUGCCGCCCUCUGGAGCUCUCAUGGACGAGGCAAACGAAGAAGGGCUUCAGAGGACGGUCACAGCGUCCGGGUCAGUUCAUAUGGGGGUCGGCUUGCCCUAUGCCUGGAAUUUCCUGGACAGAGCUGGGAUUCGGCUGUCGGGAAAAGUGUCUGGGUGGAAAUCGCUUAAAUGUCCGGGGAAAUCCAGAUUUAUGGCAACCGUCGAUUUGGGCGAAUUUCCUUAAAAAGAGCUCCAAGACUUCAUUUUCGAAGGGGACAGAUUCUACCAAAAAAUAAUAAUAAUAAUCAACUCCUUUGGCAAUCUGGCAUCUCUACAUGGGGGGAGGCAGUCAUUGAGGUGUUGCAGUCCUGAACCCUUUAAGGUCAAAACUUUGAAUUGGGCCUGGAAGUAAUACCGUAGUACCACUAUUCUGCUCUGGUCAGACCUCACCUGGAGUACUGUGUCCAGUUCUGGGCACCACAGUUCAAGAAGGAUACUGACAAGCUGGAACGUGUCCAGAAGAGGGCAACCAAAAUGGUCAAAGGCCUGGAAGCGAUGCCUUAUGAGGAACGGCUUAGGGAGCUGGGUAUGUUUAGCCUGGAGAGGAG